AUGGCCAAGGCUAAGGCUGUGAAGCCCACCAAGGGCGCCGUCGCUGAGACCCCCAAGAAGACCGCCGUCAAGGAGGGCCGCGUCACCAAGCCGUCUCAGACCCCCAAGGCGAAGGCUAAGGAGACUGCCAAGGCCGCCGCCUCGAAGUCCGACAAGAAGAGCAAGAAGACGAAGAAGGAGCCUACGCCUGAGCCCGAGUCCGACAGCGACGAGGAGAUGACCAGCGGCAGCUCCGACUCCAGCGACAGCGAGUCCGACUCCGAGCCCGAGACCAAGCCGGCCCCUAAGGCCAAGGGCGCUGCCGCCAAGAAGCAGGAGUCCUCUGACUCUUCCAGCGAGAGCGACAGCAGUGACAGCGACAGCGACAGCGAAGAGGCUGCUGCUCCCGUCAAGGCCAACGGCACUGCCAAGAAGGCGGCUGCCAAGGACGACUCCAGCAGCGAGUCGGAGUCUGACAGUGACUCUGACUCUGAGUCUUCUGACGAGGCUCCUGCCCCUAAGAAGGCCGCUGCUAAGGCUGAGUCUGAGAGCGACAGCGACUCCGACUCUGACUCCGACUCUGAGGAGGAGGCCCCCAAGGCCAAGAAGGCCUCCAAGGCCGAGGAGUCUGACUCUUCGGACUCUGACUCGUCUGACUCCGAUUCUGACAGUGAUGAGGAGGGCUCUGAGGAGACCAGCUCCUCCGAGGAGGCGCCUUCUAAGAAGCGCAAGGCUGAGGCUGAGACUGCCUCUGCCACCAAGAAGAGCAAGACUGAGGAUGGCCCUGGCUCUGCCAACCUGUUCGUUGGCAACCUGAGCUGGAACGUUGAUGAGGACUGGCUCCGCCGUGAGUUCGAGGAGUUCGAGCCUAAGGCUGUCCGCAUCGUCACCGACCGCGCCACUGGCAGGUCCAAGGGAUUCGGUUAUGUUGAAUUCGAGAGUGUUGAGGCUGCUACCGCUGCUCUCAACGCUAAGAAGGGCGCUGACCUCGAUGGCCGCCCGCUCAACCUUGACUUCAGCACUCCUCGCCCUGAAGGCCAGAACCCCAGGGACCGCGCCAACGACCGCGCCCAGAGGCACGGUGAUACUCCCAGCAGGCCCUCCGACACCAUCUUCGUCGGCAACCUGUCCUUCAACGCUACCCCCGACAGCGUCACCGAGCUCUUCCAGGAGUACGGCACCAUCACCCGUGUCUCCCUCCCCACAAAGCCUGAGGAUGGCAUGCCUAAGGGCUUCGGUUACGUUGGCUUCAGCUCCGUCGACGAGGCGAAGAGUGCUUUCGAUGCUCUCCAGGGUGCCGACCUUGAUGGUCGCCCUGUCCGCCUGGACUUCGCUGCUCCUCGCGACAACAACAACGGCGGUGGCCGCGGCGGCUUCGGCGGUCGUGGCGGUGGCCGUGGUGGUGGCCGUGGUGGUUUCGGUGGCCGCGGUGGCGGUCGUGGCGGUGGUCGUGGUGAUUUCGGCGGCCGUGGUGGUGGUCGCGGCGGCCGCGGUGGCUCGACCAACCGUGGCGGUUUCGGCGACUUCAAGGGCAAGAAGAUCUCUUUCGACUAA